AUGUCAUCCCAAGUACGCCUCUAUCACAACGGACCCAAGUCCAAAGACAAAGACCUCACACCCCCUCGACCUUCCCCAUCCCUCCCAACAACCUCAGACCCCGAUCUCCCACACCUCACCCCAUCCAAAACCGUACACAUGACGCAAAUCACCUCGAAGCCGGAGACUUCGCGCGUCGCAACAGCCGCCUGCACCGUGACCUUCUCCAACGCCCGACCCUACGACCUCCUCCGCAAAGGCCAAACGCACAAAGGCGAUGUCUUCAGCGUCGCCCGCAUCGCCGGCAUCAUGGCCGCCAAACGCACCCCAGACAUUAUUCCCCUCUGCCACCCAGGCAUCGGCAUCACAGGCGUCGAGGUCAGCGUAGAACUAGUGGAGCCGGACAACAAUCACGGCGCCAUGGAUGUUGUCGCAUCAGUCAGUUGUUUUGGGCGCACAGGCGUCGAAAUGGAGGCGAUGACAGCUACUAUGGGAGCGGCGCUGACGAUCUACGAUAUGCUCAAAGCAGUGGAUAAGGGGAUGAUCAUUGAGGCUGUUCGGUUAUUGGAGAAGAAGGGCGGGAAGAGCGGGCAUUGGCUGAGGGAGUAA